UCACUGUACAGUGCUGUACAGUUGUACACAGUGCAUCACAGAUCACAGUGCAUACAAUUUACUGAAUUUACGCGUCCAUUGUGUGUCGCCUAUGAAGAAAUUUUCUUGUUGUCACGUUAAAAAGUGCUACUUUAUUCUCUAAAAAAGAUAUUUAAAAAGAACAGAAAACCGUGAAAAGAAGCGAAUUACAGAAACGGCUUUCGUGAAUCAAGUUAAGAGUUCAUAGUAAUUUUAUUCACGUUACGCGGAAAAAUGGCAGAGAAUUUUGGAAGGGAAACCCCACCGCUUUACAACGAAGAAAUCAAGACUGCGGGACAACCGUUGUCGGAUUUUCUUCUACAGUUGGAGGAUUAUACACCUACGAUACCUGAUGCCGUCACCGAGCAUUACUUGCAUACAGCUGGUUUUAACGCUACCGAUCCUAGAAUAGUACGCUUGGUAUCCUUAGCAGCACAGAAAUUCAUCUCGGAAAUUGCUAACGAUGCACUACAACAUUGUAAAACACGCGGAGCCAAUCAAAAUUCAAAGACAAAAGGAAAAGACCGACGUUAUACUUUGACUAUGGAAGAUCUGACACCAGCAGUUGCAGAAUAUGGCAUAAUAGUGAAGAAACCACAUUAUUUUGUUUGAUUGGAAAAGCUAUUUAAUAUGUUUACAUAAAAUCACAUAAUAUAUAUAUAUAUAACUGCAUUAGUGAUAAGAACUUUUCAUCAAGAAUUUAUGUAUAUAAAAAUAUAUAUAUAAAGAUUACAAUAAGUCAAAAUAUAUUAAUUUGAAUAUA